AUGCCUCUUCCACGCUACACCUACACAGGUCCCAUCGACCACACCAUCCCCCCCAAUCUCGAAAAAGUCCGGGGCAAGUCCGUCAUCAUCACCGGCGGCGCCAAUGGCAUGGGCGAGGUCUGCGUCCGGGAGUUCGCAGCAGCCGGCGCCUUUGUGACGUUUGCCGAUCUCAACGCGGCCCGUGGAAAGGCGAUCGAGGCCGAGCUGAAUGCCAGCACCAGCGAACCUCGAUGCGUCUUUGUCAAGUGUGACAUUCGGGACUGGGACCAGCAGAAGGUCAUGUUUGAGACUGCCAAGACGAAGAGUCCCAGUAAUAGCGUUGAUAUAGUGAUCGCCAAUGCGGGCAUAAGCCGCAGCUCUGGCGAUAGCUUGUGGAAUCUAGACGAUCCCAACGGAGAGCCCACCAAACCAAACCUCAACAUCGUCAGGGUGAACAUUGACGGGACGUUCUACACGUGGAGGCUUGCGGUACACUACUUUAGGAAGCAGCCCGACACUGAAGAGAGAGACCGAUGCUUCAUCAUCACGGGAAGCAUGGUUGCCUACAUCGACUCUCCAGGAAACUGGGAGUAUACUGCCACCAAGCAUGGUCUCAGGGGCUUCAUGAAAACCGUCCGCCGGUCCAGCUGGGAACAGGGCAUUCGCAUCAACUACGUCGCCCCGUGCUGGAUUAAGAGCGCCAUUCGUACCGCAGAGUACGAGAAGUGGUUGAUUGACCGUGGAGUCGAAUUCGGAGAGCAAAUUGAUGUUGCCGGCUGCAUGUUGAGGAUUUCCACUGACAAGUCCAUCAACGGACGAUCGCUUAUGAUCACCCCUCGCUCAGUGGCCAAGGAGGGAUUCAUGGAUGUUGACAGGGAAGACUACCGAGACACCCCGGAGGAUGCGUAUAUGAAAAAGACUCAAGAGUCGCAGCUCGUCAUCAUCGAGGACAAGUGGCUUGACGACUACAAGGUCCGUGUAUAUAAAGAAGAUUAA